AUGUCUUUGAGUGUGAAAAAUACCGUCGACUCGUCCAGAGGACCCGACCCUAAAACCUCCAUUACUACUGAGAGAGCCAACAACCAGAAAUGGGACCCUGUUUUGAUGAACCACUUUUUGGAAGGCUCCAAAGAAGCCAGUGAAUUAAACAGAACCAUGUACCAACAAAUGGAAAGAGACCCAAUUCUCAGAGCCAAUCCCCACUAUUAUGACUUGGGCAAGGAGGAAGAAAGAGAGUUGACUGCCUUGAGAAUCGACAGAAUCUCCCAGUACUUAGAAAGUGAUACUCCUGCUGAGUACAACAGAAGAGCCAGUUUGAUCUCGGUGUUUGACCCUCAAUUGAACACCAGAAUCGGAGUCAACUUGGGUUUGUUCUUGGGAUGUAUCAGAGGUAAUGGUACCCCUGAACAGUUGAAGUUUUGGUCUGCUUCCAAAGAAACCAAGAUCUUGAAGCAUAUUUACGGUUGUUUUGCCAUGACUGAAUUGGCCCAUGGCUCGAACGUGGCAGGUUUGGAAACUACCGCUACUUUCGAUAAGGAAAAUGACCAGUUCAUCAUCAACACUCCCCACAUUGGUGCCACCAAAUGGUGGAUUGGUGGAGCUGCCCACUCGGCCACUCAUACCGCAUGUUAUGCCAGAUUACUUGUGGAUGGAAAAGAUUAUGGUGUGAAGACCUUUAUUGUUCCAUUGAGAGACUCCAACCAUAAGUUGAUGCCAGGUAUUACCGUUGGUGAUAUUGGUGCCAAGAUGGGAAGAGAUGGUAUUGAUAACGGUUGGAUACAAUUUUCCAACGUUAAGGUUCCAAGAUUCUUCAUGUUGCAAAAAUUCUGUAAGGUCAGCAGAGAAGGAGAUGUUGUAUUACCUCCUUUAGAACAAUUAUCUUAUUCCGCUUUGUUGGGUGGUAGAGUUACUAUGGUCUUGGACUCAUACAGAGUGGGUGCUAGAUUUUCCACUAUUGCCUUAAGAUAUGCCAUUGGUAGAAGACAGUUCAAGUCUGGAAAAAACGAGCUCGAAACCCAAUUGUUGGACUACCCAUUGCAUCAAAGAAGAUUAUUGCCAUUCUUGGCUUUAACCUACUUGGUUUCAUGUGGUGCUAUGAAGUUGGAAAAGACCUACGAUAGCGUUUUGGACGGUUUGGACGAAGCCGUUGAAAAGAACGACAUGAAGGUGAUCCUGAAAUCCAUCAAAGAAAUGAAGUCCUUGUUCAUUGACUCUGCUUCUUUAAAGUCCACUUGUACCUGGUUAGCUGCCGAUUUGAUCGACCAAUCCAGACAAGCAUGUGGUGGCCACGGUUACUCUGGAUACAACGGGUUUGGUAAAGCCUAUAAUGACUGGGUUGUCCAAUGUACUUGGGAAGGUGACAACAAUGUGUUGGCCAUGAGUGUUGGUAAGCCAUUGAUUAGAUCUAUUGAUGAAAUCUUGAACAAAGACAAAAAGGCCUCGGGCUCCAUCUCCUUCUUGAACAAUGCUAAACAAUACUUGAAUGAAGACAAUGUGCUCAAGUCCUUCGAAGAUGUUAAUGACCUCAAGAAGGUUUUGCUUUCCAUUGAAAUCUUGAUCAUCAGAUUAUGUAAGGAUUCUUUGGACACCAUCAAGCAAAAUGGUGGACAAUAUGAAAUUGUCUCCGGUUCUAUGGUUACCAUUUCCAAGUUGAAGGCCCAUCAUUACUUGUUGAACGAGUUUUUGAUCAGAACCGAGGCUGCUGAUGCUUCUUUGAAACCAUUUUUGACUUUGAUUGCCAGAUUAUACAGUGCUUCUAUUGUGUUGGACAAGUUUUCUGGUGAUUUCUUGACUUACUCGGUUGUUUCGCCAAAGUUUAUGGGUAAGAUCAACCAGGAGUACAUUCCAAAGUUGUGUCUUGAAGUCAGACCAUUGGUGAUCAACUAUACUGACUCGUUCCAACAACCUGACAUGGCUCUUAAUGCUCCAAUUGGUAACUUCAAUGGUGACAUUUAUGAGAACUAUUUCGGAGUGGUGAAGCAAGAAAACAACCCAUUCAACUACAAGGCUCCAUACUCGGCUGCUUUAGAGUCUAUGUUGAACAGACCUUCGUUGUCUGACAGACAAAGAGGAGAAAGAUCGGAUUCUGUCAAAGAUAUCUUAUCUAAAUAA